CACAACAUCAGGACUGUACCACUGUCCUGUUAGAGGGCUGUAAACAUACAGUCUAUGGGUGUGACCGACUUUUUAAAAUUUCUUUCAACUUAACAUUUCAGCCACACUGUGAAAACAGAAUCCAACUACUUCAUUUAAACUUUUAUUCCUCAGUCGUGUUAUUACCAGUGGGCCGCUCCAUUCAAAUAAUAUAUAGGUAAUGUUAUUAUGGGGAUGGGCUGGUACAUGUGACCACGCCCCCUCAGCUGGACCAGUACAAAUAACAGACUCCUCCUCCUGCAGCUGUCAGAGCUGCUGCCUCCUCUGCUCGCUGUGCACGCUGGAGAAGCAUGGAUUCAUGUGUUUGGAGCGGGGGCGUGAAAUCCAACAACAUCUGCCUUUACGGCAGCACUGCACAGCAUCUCUCCUCUUUCCCACCCGACCCUAUGCCUUUAAAUCCAGAUGCAUCAGGUGCUUUUGUGACUUUUGCCAGAGACGAUGACAACAUGAAAGUGGAGAGUGAUUAUUACAGCAGAGGUGAAGCUGGUUCGAGCUUGAUCCGUUCUGGCCCAUUGGAGCCCGAUGCACCCUGCUCUGCAAGAAGGCACCUUUCUCCUGCAGCCGGUUCUUGCAGUCAUCACGACUGGAAUCUAAGCAGUAGACGUCAAGCAAAGCGUGCCCGAGUAGAAAAUAUCAUCAGAGGCAUGACCGGCUGUCCUGGCAUGCACUGCCCAGAUGUGACGGCAAGUCAGCAUGAGUGGACAGACUGCGUGAAGGAAAAAGAAAGGAUUGGAGAAGUGUCUUCGCAUCAGGAGCACAUGGAUACAAGAAAGCAGCUUGAGAGUCAGCAGCAGCACCUCCGGCAGCUCAGAACAAAGUUCUACCAAAUAGAUGAAGUAACUGAAACCACAGAAAACAGUGAGGAAAAGUCCCGGACCAGGAGCAACUCUCCUGACACAUCCCCAAGGGAUGCAUUUACAGAUUCAUGCAAUGAGUUUGAGAGCAGCUCAAGUCAAGAACAUAAAGGCUGUAAGAAGGUGAAGCUGAUGAGCUACUUCCAAACCAAACCUGAAAGAAUUAAGCAAAUAGCAGAUGUCUUAAAGUAUGAGCUGUCCAGAGCCGUCAGUAAGAGUGUUGACUCUGUUUUUAAAAGUAUGCCCCCUCUACAGACAUCACCAACCCACGAGGGUGUAGAGACAGAUGUGUCUCUUCUGUCAUCAGCGUGUGAAGAUAAGAAAACAGGACUUUCAUGUUUUGGCAACACAAAGGUGCAAGUUCCAGAUGUCCAAACCGAAGCUCUGUCCCUGGUUGUGCAAAAGCCUCGACUGGAAACACCCGACAAACUCCAGCCCAGACCAGGAGCUCACCAUCGUCCAAAACCUGUGGUGCCCUUCAGCCAUGACUCCGCUCUGACUCCAUCACAGAAGGAUCACAACACUGCGCUCAGCUGGCUGCAAGGCGGAUGCUCUGAUGUCGGCCAAGGAAAGUUUGAGAUGUUCGACGCACGUUGGACUUCGGUCAAAGUGAGAUCGAAGGUCAACUCCAGAUCGGCGAGAAGCUCACAGACUUGCAGUGUGUCUGUGGAUCCAACACAUUUAGAAAACCUGUGCUUUCCUCAGGUCAAGAUGGAGUCUGACAGUCUGGUGAAGAAUAACCUGUACAUGCUGAAUGAGGGUCUGACGACAAAACAUCUGAAGAAAGCAAAGCUGAUGUUCUUUUACACACGCUACCCAAGCUCGCUGGUGCUGAAGAUGUGUUUCCAUGAUGUGCAGUUCACGCGCUGCAUCAGCUCUCAGCUCAUCAAGUGGUUCAGCAACUUCAGGGAGUUCUACUACAUCCAGAUAGAAAAGUUCGCCCGCCACGCCCUCGUGGACGGAGUGGCCGACGUGAGGGCUCUGACUGUGGGGAGAGAAUCAGAACUCUUCAGGGCUCUGAACGUGCACUACAACAAAGCCAAUGAAUUCCAGGUCCCUGACAGAUUCCUUGAAGUUGCUGAGACCACACUAAGAGAAUUCUACAUUUCCAUUUCAAUGGGCAAAGAUCGUGAUUCGUCGUGGAAGAAAGCAAUCUACAAGGUGAUCUGUAAACUGGACAGUGAUGUACCGACUGAAUUCAAAAGUCAUCAGUCUGGAUAAAAGCCAACAAGAACUUGGACUGACUCAUGCUUUGAUCAUCAAACUAUUUAGUUUGCUUUUGUUUUUAUUGAAUAAAAGAACAUAUUGUAAAGGGGGCGGGUUAUUGGUAGGUACAUGCCAACCCAUUAUGAGUUUGAUACAUGUUGCAGACCAAUGGCUGCAUUUCUUGUAUCCAUGGUCGGCAGUU